AUGUCAGGAGAAGGAGCAGAGGAACAGAUUGCUAACAAUUUCAUUCAAGACCGGCUAUGCUCACUUUCGGAGAUUGACUCCAGAGUCGUCCAGCUCCUCGAGAGUUUUUCGACUCUUUUUGAAACAUAUUCGCGUAAAGAGAAGGAUGCAUUUGUAUCGGAUACGAACUUGAUAUUCGAUCAAAUGAGCAAAAUUGCCAUUGAUUUGAGGAAAGAGGUCAAGCACAUGGACGACAACAUUGGUGUGUACAAUAGGAACGAAGACGGUAUCAUGAUUUUGCCUAUCAAUGUCGAUCAAAAGAAUGCUCAGUUGGGCCAGGAUAAGUUGAAGUUGGAGAUUAAGGAGUUGGCCCAGUUGUUGAAAAAGGAAGACCAAACGAUGGAUGUGGAGGUCAAAGAGGAGAUUAAAGAGGAGAUUAAAGAGGAGAGCGGGUUAAAGAAAGAGAAAGAGAAAGAGAAAGAGAAAGAAGAAGAAGAAGAAGAAGUGAAGAGUACAGAAGGGGAGGUCAAGACGGAAAAAACCGUCACUACGGAAGUCAAGAAGGAAGAAGAACCAAACAAAGACAAAGAGGAUGUUCUGAUGAUGGACGCAGACCACAGCAAGGACAGCGUUUCAGAAGAAGACUUUGAAAUGAUUGAGUAA